AUGGUACCUCACACUGAGGACAAGGUUCCUCACGCUGAGGACAAGGUUCCUCACGCUGAGGACAAGGUUCCUCACGCUGAGGACAAGGUACCUCACACUGAGGACAAGGUUCCUCAAGCUGAGGACAAGGUUCCUAAUGCUGAGGUCAAGGUUCGUCACUCUGAGGACAAGGUUCCUCACGCUGCGGACAAGGUUCCUUAUGCUGAGGACAAGGUACCUCACACUGAGGACAAGGUACAUCACACUGAGGACAGGGUACCUCGCACUGAGAACAAGGUUACGCACGCUGAGGACAAGGUUCUUCAUGCGGAAGACAUGGUACUUCACACUGAGGACAAGGUUCCUCACGCUGAGGGAAAGGUUCCUCACGCUGAGGACAGGGUUCCUCAAGCUGAGGACAAGGUACCUCACACUGAGGACAAGGUUCCUCAAGCUGAGGAUAACGUCCCUCACCCUGAGGACAAGGUUCCUGGCGGUGAGGACAAGGUUCCUCACGCUGAGGACAAGGUUCCUCAAGCUGAGGACAAGGUUCCUCACACUGAGGACAAGGUACCUCACAUUGAGGACAAGGUAUCUCACACUGAGGGCAAGGUUCCUCACGCUGAGGAGAAGGUUCCUCACGCUGAGGACAAAGUUCCUCACGCUGAGGACAAGGGUCCUCACGCUGAGGACAAGGUUCCUCACGAUGAGGUCAAGGUUCCUCACGCUAAGGACAAGGUACCUCACACUGAGGACAAGGUUCCUCACACUGAGGACAAGGUUCCUCACGCUGAGGACAAGGUUCCUCACGCUGAGGACAAGGUUCCUCACGCUGAGGACAAGGUUCCUCACGCUGAGGACAAGGUUCCUCACGAUGAGUUCAAGGUUCCUCACGCUAAGGACAAGGUUCCUCACACUGAGGACAAGGUUCCUCACGCUGAGGACAAGGUUCCUCACGCUGAGGACAAGGUUCCUCACGCUGAGGACAAGGUUCCUCACACUGUGGACAAUGUUCCUCACACUGAGGACAAGGUACCUCACAUUGAGGACAAGGUACCUCACACUGAGGACAAGGUACCUCACACUGAGGACAAGGUACCUCACACUGAGGACAAGGUUCCUCACACUGAGGACAAGGUACAUCACACUGAGGACAAGGUUCCUCAGGCUGAGGACAUGGAACCUCACACUGAGGACAAGGUUCCUCACACUGAGGACAACGUUCCUCAACAUGAGGACAAGGUUCCUGGCGGUGAGGACAAGGUUCCUCACGCUGUGGACAAGGUUCCUUACGCUGAGGACAAGGUACCUCACACUGAGGACAAGUUUCCUCAAGCUGAGGACAAGGUAAGUCACACUGACGACAAGGUACCUCACACUGAGGACAAGGUUCCUCAAGCUGAGGACAAGGUUCCUCACGCUGAGGACAAGGUUCCUCACACUGAGGACAAGGUACAUCACACUGAGGACAAGGUUCCUCAUGCUGAGGACAUGGUACCUCACACUGAAGACGAGGUUCCUCACGCUGAGGACAAUGUUCCUCACGCUGAGGACAAGGUACCUCACACUGAGGAUAAGGUUCCUCAAGCUGAGGACAACGUCCCUCACCCUGAGGGCAAGGUUGCUGGCGGUGAGGAGAAGGUUCCACACGCGGUGGACAAGGUUCCUCACGCUGAGGACAAGGUUCCUCACGCUGAGGACAAGGUCCCUCAUGCGGAGGACAAGGCUCCUCACGCUGAGGACAAGGUUCCUCACGCUGAGGACAAGGUUCCCCACGUUGCGGACAAGGUACCUCACGCUGCGGACAAGGUUCCUGACGGUGAGGACAAGGUACCUCACACUGAGGACAAUGUUCCUCAAGCUGAGGACAAGGUUACUCACACUGAGGACAAGGUAUAUCACACUGAGGACAAGAUUCCUCAUGCUGAGGACAUGGCAUCUCACACUGAGGAAAAGGUUCCUCACAAUGAGGACAACGUCCCUCAACCUGAGGACAAGGUUCCUGGCGGUGAGGACAAGGUUCCUCACGCUGUGGACUAGGUACCUCACAUUGAGGACAAGGUCCUCACACUGAGGACAAUGUUCCUCACGCUGAGGACAAGGUUCCUCACGCUGACGACAAGGUACUUCAGACUGAGGACAAGGUUCCUCAAGCUGAGGACAAGGUAAGACACAGUGAGGACAGGGUACCUCACACUGAGGACGAGGUCCCUCAAGCUGAGGACAAGGUUCCUCGCGCUGAGGACAAGGUAACUCACACUGAGGACCAGGUUUCUUACAUUGAGGACAAGGUACCUCACAUUGAGGACAAGGUACCUCACACUGAGGACAAGGUUCCUCACGCUGAGGACAAGGUACCUCACAUUGAGGACAAGGUACCUCACACUGAGGACAAGAUUCCUCACGAUGAGGACAAGGUUCCUGACGCUCAGGACAAGGUUCCUCACACUGAGGACAAGGGUCCUCACGCUGAGAACAAGGUUCCUCACGGUGAGGAGAAGGUUCCUCACGCUGAGGACAAGGUAUCUCACACUGAGGACAAGGUUCCUCAAGCUGAGGACAACGUCCCUCACCCUCAGCACAAGGUUCCUGGCGGUGAGGAUAAGGUUUCUCGCACUGUGGACAAGGUUCCUCACGUUGAGGACAAGGUUCCUCACGCUGAGGACAAGUUUCCUCAAGCUGAGGACAAGGUAAGUCACACUGUGGACAAGGUACCUCACACUGAGGACAAGGUCCGUCAAGCUGAGGACAAGGUUCCUCACGCUGAGGACAAGGUAACUCACACUGAGGACAAGGUACAUCACACUGAGGACAAGGUUCCUCAUGCUGAGGACAUGGUACCUCACACUGAGGACGAGGUUCCUCACACUGAGGACAAGGUACCUCACACUGAGGACAAGGUUGCUCAAGCUGCGGACAAGGUAAGUCACACUGAGGACAAGGUACCUCAUACUGUGGACAAAGUCCCACAAGCUGAGGACAAGCUUCCUCACGCUGAGGACAUGGUCCUCACACUGAGGACAAGGUUUCUCAAGCUGAGGACAAGGUAAGUCACUCCGAAGACAAGGUACCUCACACUGAGGACAAGGUCCCUCAAGCUGAGGACAAGGUUCCUCACGCUGAGGACAAGGUAACUCACACUGAGGACAAGGUACAUCACACUGAGGACAAGGUUCCUCAUGCUGAGGACAUGGUACCUCACACUGAGGACGAGGUUCCUCACACUGAGGACAAGGUACCUCACACUGAAAACAAGGUUGCUCAAGCUGCGGACAAGGUAAGUCACACUGAGGACAAGGUACCUCAUACUGUGGACAAAGUCCCACAAGCUGAGGACAAGCUUCCUCACGCUGAGGACAUGGUCCUCACACUGAGGACAAGGUUCCUCAAGCUGAGAACAACGUCCCUUUCCCGGAGGACAAGGUUCCUGGCGGUGAGGACAAGGUUCCUCUCGCUGUGGACAAGAUUCCUCACGCUGAGGACAAGGUUCCUCGCGCUGAGGACAAGGUCCCCCAAGCUGAGGAGAAGGUUUCUCACGCUGCGGAGAAGGUUUCUCACGCUGAGGGCAAGGUUCGUCACGCUGAGGACAAGGUUCCUCACGCUGAGGACAAGGUUCCUCAUGCUGAGGACAAGGUUCCUCACGCUGAGGACAAGGUUCCUCAUGGUGAGGACAAGGUUCCUCAUGCUGAGGACAGGUUUCCUCACGCUGAGGACAAGGCUCCUCACGCUGAGGACAAGGUACCUCACACAGAGAACAAGGUACCUCACACUGAGUACAAGGUUCCUCACGCUGAGGAGAAGGUACCUCACACUGAGGACAAGGUUACGCACGCUGAGGACAAGGUUCCUCAUGGUGAGGACAAGGUUCUUUAUGCUGAGGACACGGUUCCUCACGCUGAGGACAAGGUUCCUCACGCUGAGGACAAGGUUCCUCACGCUGAGGACAAGGUUCCUCAGGCUGAGGACAAGGUUCCUCACGAUGAGGACAAGGUACCUCACACUGAGGACAAGAUGCCUCACACUGAGGACAAGGUACCUCACACUGAGGACAAGGUUCCUCAUGCUGAGCACAUGGUACCUCAGACUGAGGACAACGUUCCUCACGCUGAGGACAAGGUUCCUCAUGCGGAGGACAAGGUACCUCACAGUGAGGAUAGGGUACCUCACACUGAGGACAAGGUUCCUCACGCUGAGGACAAGGUUCCUCACGUUGCGGACAAGGUUCCUCACGCUGAGGACAAGGUUCCUCAGGCUGAGGACAAGGUUCCUCACGCUGAGGACAAGGUACCUCACACUGAGGACAAGGUUCGUCAAGCUGAGGACAAGGUACCUCACAUUGAGGAAAAGGUACCUCACGCUGAGGACAAGGUUCCUCACGCUGAGGACAAGGUUCCUGACGGAGAGGACAGGUUCCUCACGCUGAGGACAAGGUACCUCACACUGAGGACAAGGUUCCUCAAGCUGAGGACAACGUCCCUCACCCUGAGCACAAGAUUCCUGGCGGUGAGGACAAGGUUCCUCACGCUGUGGACAAGGUUCCUCAUGCUGAGGAUAAGGUUCCUCACGCUGAGGACAAGGUCCCACAAGCUGAGGACAAGGUUCCUCAAGCUGAGAACAACGUCCCUUUCCCUGAGGACAAGGUUCCUGGCGGUGAGAACAAGGUUCCUCACGCUGUGGACAAGGUUCCUCACGCUGAGGACAAGGUUCCUCACGCUGAGGACAAGGUCCCUCAAGCUGAGGAUAAGGUUCCUCACGCUGAGGACAAGUUUCCUCACGCUCAGUACAAGGCUCCUCACGUUGCAGACAAGGUACCUCACGCUGCCGACAAGGUUCCUCACGCUGAGGACAAGGUACCUCAUACUGAGGACAAGUUUCCUCAAGCUGAGGACAAGGUAAGUCACGCUGAGGACAAGGUACCUCACACUGAGGCCAAGUUCCCUCAAGCUGAGGAAAAGGUUCCUCACGCUGAGGACUAGUUAACUCACACUGAGUUCAAGGUGCCUCACACUGAGGACAAGGUACCUCACACUGAGGACAAGGUUCCUCACGCUGAGGACAAGGUUCCUCACGCUGAGGACAAGGUAAGUCACUCUGAGGACAAGGUACCUCACACUGUGGACAAAGUCCCUCAAGCUGAGGACAAGGUUCCUCACGCUGAGGACAGGGGUCCUCACGCUGAGUACAAGGUACCUCACACUGAGGACAAGGUUCCUCAAGCUGAGAACAACGUCCCUUUCCCUGAGGACAAGGCUCCUGGUUGUGAGGACAAGGUUCCUCACGCUGUGGACAAGGUUCCUCACGCUGCGGACAAGGUUCCUCACGCUGAGGAGAAGGUUCGUCACGUGGCGGACUAGGUACCUCACGCUGCGGACAAAGUUCCUCAAGCUGAGGACAAGGUAAGUCACACUGAGGACAAGGUACCUCACACUGAGGUCAAGUUCCUUCAAGCUGAGGACAGGGUUCCUCACGCUGAGGACUAGGUAACUCACACUGAGGACAAGGUACCUCACACUGAGGACAAGGUACCUCACACUGAGAACAAGGUUCCUCACCCUGAGGACAAUGUUCCUCACGCUGAGGACAAGGUUCCUCACGCUGAGGACAAUGUACCUCACUCUGAAGGCAAGGUUCGUCAAGCUGAGGACAAGGUACCUCACGCAGAGGACAAGGUACCUCACACUGAGGACAAGGAACCUCACACUGAGAACAAGGUUCGUCACGCUGAGGACAAUCUACCUCACGCUGAGGAAAAGGAACCUCACACUGAGAACAAAGUACCUCACACUGAGGACAAGGUUCCUCACGCUCAGAACAAGGUUCCUCACGCUGAGGACAAGGUUCCUCUUGGUGAGGACAAGGUUCCUCAUGCUGAGGACAAGGUUCGUCACGCUGAGGACAAGGUUCCUCACGCUGAGGACAAGGUACAUCACACAGAGGACAAGGUACCUCACACUGAGGACAAGGUUCCUCACGCUGAGGAGAAUGUACCUCACGCUGAGGACAAGGUAUCUCACACUCAGGACAAGCUUCCUCACGGUGAGGUCAAGGUUCCUCAGGCUGAGGACAAGGUACCUCACGCUGAGGACAAGGUUCCUCAAGCAGAGGACAACGUGCCUCACCCUGAGCACAAGGUUCCUGGCGGUGAAGAGAAUGUUCCUCGCGCUUUGGACAAGGUUCCUCACGCUGAGGACAAGGUUCCUCACGCUGAGGACAAGGUCCCUCAAGCUGAGGACAAGGUUCCUCACGCUGACGACAAGGUUCCUCACGCUGAGGACAAGGUUCGUCACGUUGCGGACUAGGUACCUCACGCUGCGGACAAAGUUCCUCAAGCUGAGGACAAGGUAAGUCACACUGAGGACAAGGUACCUCACACUGAGGUCAAGUUCCUUCAAGCUGAGGACAGGGUUCCUCACGCUGAGGACUAAGUAACUCACACUGAGGACAAGGUACCUCACACUGAGGACAAGGUACCUCACAAUGAGGACAAGGUUUCUCACGCUGAGGACAAUGUUCCUCACGCUGAGGACAAGGUUCCUCACGCUGAGGACAAGGUACCUCACACUGAGGGCAAGGUUCGUCAAGCUGAGGACAAGGUACCUCACGCAGAGGACAAGGUACCUCACACUGAGGACAAGGUACCUCACACUGAGAACAAGGUUCGUCACGCUGAGGACAAUGUUCCUCACGCUGAGGACAAGGUACCUCACACUGAGAACAAAGUACCUCACACUGAGGACAAGGUUCCCCACGCUCAGAACAAGGUUCCUCACGCUAAGGAGAAGGUUCCCCAUGCUGAAGACAAGGUUCCUCACGCUGAGGACAAGGUUCCUCACGCUGAGGACAAGGUACAUCACGCAGAGGACAAGGUACCUCACACUGAGGACAAGGUUCCUCACGCUGAGGAGAAUGUACCUCACGCUGAGGACAAGGUAUCUCACACUGAGGACAAGCUUCCUCACGGUGAGGCCAAGGUUCCUCACGCUGAGAACAAGGUACCUCACACUGAGGACAAGGUUCCUCAAGCAGAGGACAACGUCCCUCACUCUGAGCACAAGGUUUCUGGCGGUGAAGAGAACGUUCCUCGCGCUUUGGACAAGGUUCCUCACGCUGAGGACAAGGUUACUCACGCUGAGGACAAGGUCCCUCAAGCUGAGGACAAGGUUCCAGGCGCUGUGGACAAGGUUCCUCACGCUGAGGACAAGGUUCCUCACGCUGAGGAGAAGGUACCUCACACUGAGGACAAGGUACCUCACACUGAGCACAAGGUCCCUCAAGGUGAGGACAAGGUUCCUCACGCUGAGGACAAGGUUCCUCACGUUGCAGACAAGCUACCUGACGUUGCGGACAAGGUUCCUCACGCUGAGGACAAGGUACCUCACACUGAGGACAAGUUUCCUCAAGCUGAGGACAAGGUAAGUCACACUGGGGACAAGAUACCUCACACUGCGGACAAGGUCCCUCAAGCUGAGGACAAGGUUCCUCACGCUGAGAUCAAGGUAACUCACAGUGAGGACAAGGUACCUCACACUGAGGACAAGGUACCUCAGACUGAGGACAAGGUACCACACAUUGAGGACAAGGUUCCUCACAGUGAGGACAAGGUUCCUCAUGCUGAGGACAUGGUACCUGACACUGACGACAAGGUUCCACACGCUGAGGACAAGGUUCCUCACAUUGAGGACAAGGUACCUCACACUGAGGACAAGGUUCCUCACGCUGAGGACAAGGUUCCUCACGCUGAGGACAAGGUUCCUCACCCUGAGGACAAGAUUCCUCAAGCUGAGGAAAAGUUACCUCACACUGAGGACAAGGUACCUCGCACUGAUGACAAGGUUCCUCACGCUGACGACAAGGUUCCUCACGCUGAGGACAAGGUACCUCACACUGAGGACAAAGUACCUCAGACUGAGGACAAGGUACCUCAGACUGAGGACAAGGUACCACACAUUGAGGACAAGGUUCCUCACAGUGAGGACAAGUUUGCUCACGCUGAGGACAGGUUCUUCAUGCUGAGGACAUGGUACCUCACGCUGAGGACAAGGUUCCUCACGCUGAGGAAAAGGUUCCUCACGCUGAGGACAAGGUUCCUCACGCUGAGGACAAGGUUCCUCACGCUGAGGACAAGGUACCUCACACUGACGACAAGGUUCCUCAAGCUGAGGACAAGGUACCUCACGCAGAGCACAAGGUACCUGACACUGAGGACAAGGUACCUCACACUGAGAACAAGGCUCCUCACGCUGACGACAAGGUUCCUCACGCUGAGGACAAGGUACCUCACACAGAGGACAAGGUACCUCACCCUGAAGACAAGGUUCCUCAUAGUGAGGACACGGUACAUCACACUGAGGACACGGUUCCUCACACUGAGGACAAGAUUCCUCACGCUGAGGACAAGGUUCCUCACGCUGAGGACGCAGUACCUCACACUGAGGACAAGGUUUCUCACGCUGAGGACAAGGCUCGUCACGCUGAGGACAAGAUUCCUCACGCUGCGGACGGGGUACCUCACACUGAGGACAAGGUACCUCACACUGAGGACAAGGUACCUCACACUGAGGACAAGGUACCUCACACUGAGGACAAGGUACCUCACACUGAGGACAAGGUACCACACACUGAGGACAAGGUACCUCACACUGAGGACAAGGUUGCUCACGCUGAGGACAAGGUCCUUCAUGCUGAGGACAUGGUACCUCACACUGAGGACAAGGUUCCUCACGCUGAGAACAAGGUUCCUCACCCUAAGGACAAGGUUCCUCACGCUGAGGACAAGGUCCCUCAAGCUGAGGACAAGGUACCUCACACUAUAAGGAAUAAGUCGAGGAAUUCGUACUGAUAAUGGCUGAGGAAUUGCAACUGGCUUGGAUGGGAGAUUUCGACUCACUGAAACAGUUUGUCAGCAAAAACUUAAUCUAAACGGCGAAUGGGUUAGUCCAGGAGGCGAUAAGAAAUUAUUUAACGAUGGCUACAUAUCUAUUUCGUGGCGAAAAAAUAAGAAAGCCUUACUGAUCGACGGCGAUGAUCGGGAUAAAUUUAAAAGUAAACUCUGCAGGAUGAUCUGUGCGAACGACUUCAAUAAAGGGAAUAUGUGCGAAGAAACUACGACUGUGAAUGUUGAAUGCCGGUCCACCUCUCCUAUGCGAGCGCCGUUAAGCGAGCUAUCAACCGAGGUGGAAGGCAUUAAACUCGAUGUAACGAUAGCAGAGCGGGAAAUAGAAGUAAAUAAGAGUGCUAUAAGCAAAGUUGAGAGCAAUCUACACGAGAUAAAUACUGGUUACGAAGACCUUCGUCUACAGUUCGAUGAAUACAAGAAAAUAACCGAAGUAUUAAUUCAGAGGGACACGUUUCAACAUUCGACAACAUUUGAAUAUUCAAACGUGAUCGAUAAAGUUAAUCCAAGCGAAACUAAACGGUACCAAGAUGAAGUAAGCCGGCUUAAAAAGGACAUUUCUAGCGAGAGGGAGAAAUGCAAGCGCUUGGAAGCUGAUCUGUCUAUUCUAAUCAAAGGAAGAUCAUGUGAGGUUAGUGAAUUGAACGAUGUUAUUGCCUCUCUUGAAUUUAAAAUUAAGGCCACUGAGGCGACUAAUGUCUCCUUGAGAGAUCUACUUAAGACCAAAAUCUCCAAUUCAAAGCAGAAUGAAAUUUUCCCUAGCAACACUGCCACAAAGAACGAUAAACAAUGCGCGGUCAAUCAUGUAGAACAAAGCAAUCUUGCCCUUAAUCGAGUUUUGGGUGAGAAAAACUCCCUGACCGACCUUGCACAGAAGUCGCACGUGACUCCCAAUCUAGUCGUUUCCAACAAUAGACGCGUCGACAAAGACUUAUCAGUUAAGGAUAAUCAGUUAAUUUUAAAUAGUGAUAACAGCCCAGCCGACCUACUACAAACCCAUAAUAAUAACCUGACCAAUGGCGCCAAAUCUCGCGACGGUCAGCACAUGAAAGGUAAUUUGAAUGCAAGGAAAUUGCCAAAUAUUACCGAACUCAAAUCCCUACUUCAAGUCCCUGGAGUGUCAGCUACUAUGAAUGAAGUCGACAACAAGGUUGACACAUAUCCCAUUAUCGAUGGUCACCACUGCCAUUUGAGGAACGUCAGUUCAUCAACUUUUAAUGUUCUUAAAGACAUAGAAUUUUUACCCCUAAUCAGUCUCAACGAAUCCCUAGAAUACAGUCAUCAAGUUCCUGUUGAUUUCAAACGUCCUUUUCAGGAAAAUCCGGGACGGAAGCCACCCCCCUCGAUUGUUCGAUUCCACCAGCGAUCCCCAGAAUGGCUAAAUCACCUAGUCCUUGUCCGUCAAUUAAUGAACGCGUAAUUAGUCCAAAUACUGCUGAUAUUAACUAUCCAAAGAAUAUCAAUAUAAUAACGCAGCGAAGUAAUAAAAAUAAUUUGAAUUCUGUUCCGUCUAUUGAACUUGUUUGCAAAAUUCCUACUAGAAUUACAGUUCGUCGAAAUAACUUAUGUGCCAAGACAAGGCCGAGAACUCAUGCAAGGAAAGUUAAUGUCAACAACUUAGUAUGUGUAAACGUUGUCUCAAAUCCAAGACCAGAUAUGUUACGUUUUGCAACGAUUAACGCUAGAUCACUAAGAAAUAAGGUAGCUGUAUUCUCCGACUAUAUUGUUGAUCAAAAUAUUGAUGUUUGUGUUGUAACUGAGACUUGGUUGAAGGACAUGGACACAGCAAGUAUUGCAGGCGUUUGUCUCCCUGGAUAUUCAUUUAAAUCAUUUCCCCGUCAAUCUAACAGAUCAGGAGGAGGCACAGGCGUAAUGUUUAACACCAAUUUAUAUGUCUCUCUUUCUGGUGGUGGAGAAACGCAAUCCUUUGAAUAUUCAGAGUGGAAUUUUUCCAUACUUGAAUAUUCUAUUAAACUUAUUGCUAUCUAUCGUCCACCUUAUUGCGCGGCUCACCCUGUUCUACCUGGAAAAUUCUUUGAAGAAUUCUCAAACUAUUUGGAGGAUAUUGUUCUAUGUCCAGAAAUUCUAUUGAUUACCGGGGACUUUAAUUUUCACUUGGAUGAUACGGUUAACAGAAACACGAUAAAAUUUAAUGAGAUGCUUGAAACAUUUGGCCUCAAACAACAUGUUUGUACUCCAACACAUUCGUCCAAUCAUACACUGGAUCUAUUGAUAAGUCGAUCUACAAGUGACAUUAAUAUCCUUUCGAUUGAGAGUACUUUCUUUCUGUCCGAUCAUUGUUUUGUAGAAUGUAAAUUAUCUAUUCCUCGUCCGAAUGACUCCAAAAAGCUAAUUUCUUAUUGUGAACUGAAAAAGAUUAACAUUGUUGACUUUAAACUUGAUCUAAGCAAUGUGAAUUCACAUUGCGAAAACAUUGCACAUCUUGAUGAAUUAGUGCAUUGCUAUGAUGACGUACUUUCACGUAUUUUAAAUACCCAUGCCCCUGUCCGAAGAAAGCUAAUGAAAGUUAAGCGUUCAACUCCUUGGUACAAUGACGAACUAAGACAAUUGAAAGUAAAGCGUAGGAGACUAGAGAGAAAGAUGCGGAAAACAAAAUUAGAAGUAGAUUGGACUGCCUAUCGGAAAAUAUGUAACCGAUAUUGUUACUUGUUGAAUAAAGCCCGAACUGAUUAUUAUACUUCCCUUUUCAGUGAUAGCUCCAACGAUCCAAAGAAUCUUUACAGAAUUGUGAGCUCCCUUUGUAAUACACCGCAUGAAGAUCCCUUACCACCUCAUGACGAUCUUGGUCAAUUAGCAAAUAGGUUCAACGAAUAUUUUUUCCGCAAAAUUGAAUUGAUUAGGGAAAAUGUGGACAGUAUCCAUGUCGAUCCUCCGUUGGUGCAUUACCGUAACCCUGAAGUCAAAUUAAAAUCUUUUGAGAUACUUUCUUCCCAGGAUAUUCAUGAUGUUAUUAUGCAAUUGUCCAGUGCCAGCUGCAAGCUUGAUCCGAUCCCAUCAUGGCUUGUUAAAAUCUGUUGUCUGGAACUAAUUCCCUCUAUCACCAAAAUUGUAAAUUUAUCCUUGCAGGAGGGUCGUGUCCCAGAUCACUGGAAAAUUGCUCUGCUGAAACCAAACCUGAAAAAGUCUAGCUUGCACCCAGUAUUUGAGAACUUUAGGCCUGUGAGCAAUCUGUCAUUUCUUUCUAAGAUCACUGAAAAGGCAGCCGCCAACCAAUUGCUGAACCAUUGUGAAAAACAUGCACCUCUCCCUAUCUGUCAAUCUGGCUUCAGGAAAUAUCAUUCGACAGAGACGGCUCUGCUAAAGGUGCAAAGCGAUAUUCUUUUGAGUAUGGACAGGCAGGAAGUGUGUUUUCUUGUGCUCUUGGACUUAAGUUCAGCGUUCGAUACAAUUGAUCAUAAAACUAUCAUUGACGUAUUGGAGUAUCAAUUUGGAGUGACGGAUAGGGCUCUUGAAUGGAUUAAAUCAUAUCUAUUGAACAGGAAACAGAGAGUUGAUCUGGAUAACAAUUUUUCUGAAGACUGCGAUGUUAAGUACGGAGUGCCUCAAGGGAGUUGUCUUGGCCCCAUACUUUUUCUGCUUUAUGUAUCCCAACUAUAUGACAUUAUUGACAGGCACUUACCCUCUUCUCAUUGAUAUGCUGAUGACACGCAACUCUAUGUAUCCUUUCGCCCAGAUUGUGAAGAUAAUUCAGAAAGUACCCUAGCCGCACUGGAAGAUUGUAUUUCUGAUGUUCGUACUUGGCUGUUGUCUCAUAAAUUAAUGUUCAAAGAUUCGAAAACGGAAUUUCUUGUAAUUGGUACACCACAACAACUUUUGAAAAUAAACAUUGAAUCCGUUAACGUUGGUGGGGUCCAAAUUAAGCCGGUUGAUAGUGUUCGAAACUUGGGAUCUUGGUUUGACAAGCAUAUGUCAAUGUCAGUUCAUGUAGGCAAGAUGUGCAGUAAAGCAUUCAGAGGACUUUAUAAAAUACGACAAAUUAGAAAAUUUUUAUCUACUAAUACAACGAAAACUUUGAUACAUGCUUUCGUGACAUCACACGUGGACUAUUGUAAUGUUCUGUUGGCUGGCAUACCUCAGUAUCAAGUCCAGCCAAUUCAGCGAGUUCUUAAUGCCGCUGCUAGAUUAAUCUACCACUGUCCAAGAUUUUCCCACAUCACCCCAGUUUUGAGAUCACUUCACUGGCUACCGGUAAAAUUCCGGGUGGAAUUCAAAAUUGCUUUACUGGUUUACAAGGCUCUUAAUAACAUUGCCCCUAUCUACAUCUCUGAAAUGCUUACCCCAAAACAAUCAAGUGAUCGCUGGACAUUACGAUCGGAUGGUCAAGGUCUAUUAUACAUCCCGAAAACAAACUGUAAGAUUCUAGGAGAUCGGGCUUUCGCACAUGCUGCUCCACAAUUAUGGAAUUUUCUGCCUCUGGAUGUCAGGAACUGUGAAAACAUUUCUGUGUUUAAGAAACGCUUGAAAACAUUUAUUUUUAAUAAGGCUUAUAACCCUUUAUAGGUUGAGACCAUAUUGGAUUCUAUCAUUCUUAUUAUAGAUACAUACAUUAGUGUAUAUUCUAAUUGUAUACAAUACCAUGUUUUAUAUAGCAUAUAUUUAGAUUUUUAUAAUGUACAGCGCUUCGAGUAUAUAAUAUAACAUAUGCGCUUUAUUUAAAUGAAUAAAUCAUUAUUAUUAUUAUUACUAAGGAAAAGGUUCCAUACGCUGAGGACAAGAUUCCUCAAGCUGAGGAAAAGUUACCUCACACUGAGGACAAGGUACCUCACACUGAGGACAAGGUUCCUCACGCUGACGACAAGGUUCCUCACGCUGAGGACAAGGUACCUCACACAGAGGAGAAGGUACCUCACACUGAGGACAAGGUUCCUCACCCUGAAGACAAGGUUCCUCAUAGUGAGGACACGGUACAUCACACUGAGGACACGGUUCCUCACACUGAGGACAAGAUUCCUCACGCUGAGGACAAGGUUCCUCACGCUGAGGACAAGGUACCUCACACUGAGGACGAGGUUCCUCACGCUGAGGACAAGGCUCGUCACGCUGAGGACAAGAUUCCUCACGCUGCGGACGAGGUUCCUUACGCUGAGGACAAGGUACCUCACACUGAGGACAAGGUACCUCACACUGAGGACAAAGUACCUCACACUGAGGACAAGGUACCUCACACUGAGGACAAGGUACCACACACUGACGACAAGGUACCUCACACUGAGGACAAGGUUGCUCACGCUGAGGACAAGGUUCUUCAUGCUGAGGACAUGGUACCUCACACUGAGGACAAGGUUCCUCACGCUGAGGAAAAGGUUCCUCACGCUGAGGACAAGGUUCCUCACGCUGAGGACAAGGUUCCUCACGCUGAGGACAAGGUUCCUCACGCUGAGGACAAGGUACCUCACACUUAGAACAAGUUUCCUCAAGCUGAGGACAAGGUACCUCACGCAGAGCACAAGGUACCUCACACUGAUGACAAGGUACCUCACACUGAGAACAAGGUUCCUCACGCUGAGGACAAGGUUCCUCGCGCUGAGGACAAGGUACCUCACACUGAGGACAAGGUACCUCACACUGAGGACAAGGUUCCUCACGCUGAGGACAAGGUUCCUCAUGGUGAGAACAAGGUUCCUCAUGCAGAGAACAAGGUUCCUCACGCUGAGGACAAGGUUCCUCACGCUGAGGACAAGGUACCUCAAGCUGAGGACAAGGUACCUCACGCAGAGCACAAGGUUCCUCACGCUGAGGAGAAGGUUCCUCACGCUGAGCACAAGCUUCUCACGCUUAAGACAAGGUUCCUCACGCUUAAGACAAGGUAGCCCACACUGACGACAAACUCCCUCACACUGAGGACAAGGUUCCUCACGCUGAGGACAAUGUUCCUCAAGCUGAGGACAAGGUUCCUCACGCUGAGGACAAGGUUCCUCACGCUGAGGAUAAGGUCUCUCACGCUGAGGACAAGGUACCUCACCUUGAGGACAAAGUUCAUCACGCUGAGGACAAGGUUCCUCACGCUGAGGAAAAGGUUACUCACGGCUGAGGACAAGGUAUAUCACUCUGAGAAGAAGGUUCCUCAAGCUGAGGACAAGGUACCUCACAUUGAGGACAAGGUACCUCACACUGAGGAAAAGGUUCCUCACGCGGAGGACAAGGUUCCUCACGCUGAGGACAAGGUUCCUCACGCUGAGGACAAGGUACCUCAAGCUGAGGACAAGGUACCUCACGCAGAGCACAAGGUUCCUCACGCUGAGGAGAAGGUUCCUCAUGCUGAGCACAAGCUUCUCACGCUUAGGACAAGGUUCCUCACGCUUAGGACAAGGUAGCCCACACUGACGACAAGCUCCCUCACACUGAGGACAAGGUUCCUCACGCUGAGGACAAUGUUCCUCAAGCUGAGGACAAGGUUCCUCACGCUGAGGACAAGGUUCCUCACGCUGAGGAUAAGGUCUCUCACGCUGAGGACAAGGUACCUCACCUUAAGGACAAAGUUCCUCACGCUGAGGACAAGGUUCCUCACACUGAGGACAAGGUACCUCACACUGAGGAGAAGGUACCUCACCCUGAGGAGAGAGCUAACCUGCAGCCCCAAGAAGGACGAUUUCUAUUGGUUGAGGUCCUUAUGAAGCCGUUAAUUAUCAAUAGUUUCUAA